CAUAGUGACAGAUAUGUAAAAAUGGAGAUUGAUCCAAAAUUUACGUUUGUGCCAUUGAAUGAGAAAAUUUAUAUCGGAAUUAACGAUAGAAAAACGCAAGAAUAUCUUUGUAAAUGGGGUUUAAAAGGAAAUUUUGUCAUUCAAAAUUUUUCUUUCAACGAAUCAUUUCAACAGUAUCAUAAAUAUCAGCUGGCUGAUGCGUUUUUUAAAGACGAUUCUGUUGCAAAAGCAUUAUUAUCUAAACAAGGCAAUGCCUGGAUAAAGCAAGGUAUACGAGCGUCGAGCGUAGAGAUAAAACAAGUGCCAUGUUCUGUCUUGAGUAUGUCUUUCUUUAAUAAAUUGAAGGAUCCAGAUAAUGGGAUAGUGCAUGAUUCAGGAACGAUUUGUAAAAGAUAUGAUAUGCAAGUAGAGGAUUUUUUGGUGUCUGAUAAUUUACGUGGUAUGCUUUUAGAUGAGAAAUCGGAAGAAUAUAACUUGUAUUCAGAAGAGGAAAGAAAUGAAUUUAUGUUUCGAAUUUUUCAAAUGCUCGUUCUUGGCGGAAUAUUAUGUCAAUAUGAGGAUACGUUAGAGCCAUAUCUAGAUGUCACUAAAAAUAUCUAUAAGGAUCUUAUAAGGGUGCAAAAACAAAAUACCUCAAAUGACUUAUUUGUGAAUACUUUAGUAUUAGAAGUAGUUGCUAAAGAUAGCAAAGGCCAAGAUUACUUCCCAUCUGAUUCCAAUAAAAAACAAAAUAUUGCAUUUCUACUGGUAGAUGCUAAUUCUCGCGAAAUUACAUCCUUUGUGCAUCAGUAUGGCGGGUAUUGUCCUGUGGACUGA